UACGUUUAUUAACUUCCUGUUAUGAGAGCGAUCUACCGACAUGUGAAAACUGAACAAACCUCUGAACGAUGACAACAAUUCGGCCAUUCAAGUGUGAGGACCUGUUCAAGUUCAAUAAUGUGAAUUUGGAUCCGCUCACAGAAACUUAUGGACUCCCUUUUUACAUGCAGUAUCUCGCUCACUGGCCGGAAUACUUCCAGGUCGCAGAGUCACCGAAUGGUCAUAUCAUGGGUUACAUCAUGGGAAAGGCCGAGGGAGGAGGUGAACUGUGGCAUGGUCAUGUGACCGCACUAACUAUAGCUCCAGAGUACCGACGCCUCGGUCUGGCUGGAAAACUUAUGAACAUACUGGAAGAAAUCUCAGAAAAGAAACAUUGCUACUUUGUCGACCUCUUUGUGAGGGUGUCAAACAAGGUUGCCGUGGAGAUGUACAACAAGCUUGGUUAUGGUGUGUACCGUCGGGUCAUUGAGUACUACUCAGGUGAAGUGGACGAGGAUGCUUUCGAUAUGAGGAAAGCCUUGUCUCGGGACGUAGAAAAGAAAUCCAUGGUUCCAAUACCUCACCCAGUCCGACCGGAGGAGUUGGAUUAAACUUAAGCCAGACGAAUCACCAUGGAGACAUGUUUUGGUUUACCGUAGUGCCAUUAACUUCCUGUUUUCUCGCUCUCCUUUUUAUGACUGUGCUGAUGAACCUGUUGUCUUUUGGAGCCCAACACUAUUCUCAACCCUCAAGAACCAGGGACAGGGAUUUAUAAGGCACAAGACCCGAUUUAAAAACUAGUAAAAUCAUUUUCCGAAAAA